CAUUAACCUAACACAUUGGCUGUGAUAUUACUGGUGGAGGAUAGUCUUACAGUUUACAUGCCUGGGAACACAAUCACAAGGACAGAAAAAGGGUUAUCAUCUGCAAUGCUGCUUCCUUGCCGGAUUUACUGAUGUUAAACUGGAAAUCACAAAUAACCUUCUAAAUUAAACCAUUGCUGUUGUGGUUGAACAGUCGCUAUGAAUUGCAAGACUAUAGAGAAUCCUAUUGAGAAACAAUUGUUUUCUUCUGAGGAGCUGGAAUGCAAAAUCUGUUACAAUCUUUACAACCUGAAGAAUAGGAGACCCAAAUUGUUGGAAUGCUUUCACAGGGUGUGUGCCAGAUGCCUGUGCAAAAUUGUAGACCUUGGAGACUCCUCACCAAGUAUAAUUAGCUGUCCUUUCUGCAGGUAUGAGACCAGUGUACUAGACGAUGAAGUUGGUGGACUCCCAGAUGAUAAUAAUAUUCUUGCCGUCCUUGUAUGCAAGGAGAAGAAUAGAAAGUUUGCUGUGGAUAACCCAUCUGAACUUCUGCUGACUCCGAAAAGGUUAUCUUCCUUUGGAAGCCCUUCCCGAUCCUCAAACUGUCUGGUCAUAACCAUCAUGGAGGUUCAAAGGGAAUCCCCACAAUCUCAGAGCUCAGCAUCAGUUACGGAAUUCUACAACUCCAAUUUUGGUUCAAUAGCCUCAAUGUCUCGGCAGUGGGCAUUUUGGAAUUGCACUCCCCUUUUCUGUCGCACAAUAGGCAGAAUUUUAAUCUGGCUACUGGGACUCCUCUAUUUCAGCUCUUUACCUCUUGGUGUAUAUCUGCUUGUGAUUCAGAAGGUUACACUAGGGAUUAUAUUUGUCAGUCUUGUUCCCUCCAGUCUUGUUAUACUUAUGGUCUAUGGUUUCUGUCAGUGUUUAUGUCAUGAGUUUUUGGAUUGCAUAUCUUCAUGAAAGCAAAAUUUAAAGUAAGUAGACAUUACAGUCACUCUUACAGUUUGUAGGAAUUCAGGUUUUGUGUCUUAUAUUAGCUCUGGCUAGUGAACUGUGUAGUUUUGCAAUUGUGCUUGUCUGGAAUGUCUUCUGCAGUAGAAAAUUGUUAUAUACAGUGAUAGUUGUUUUACUUGGUGUGCGAUACAUUCUCAUGGCACACUAUUUUUUUCAAAAGUGAUAUGGUUACAAACUGAAGAGCACAAAGUAAAGUAAGUGGCACAAGUUAUUAUGUUAUGCUUUUGCUCAUACAGAACUUGAUACUGCUGAAAAAAGACAGAUUUUGUCAAAGGUUUUCAUCUUAGACAUAUCAGGACAAUUCAUGAGAAAUAUUAAUAUAAAAGGAAAAUGGCAUUUGAACUGUGUGGUAGGAAAGUUAUAAUUGGUUGUCAACUGGCUUCUGAUUGGCAGAAGCAUUGCCAUGGAAAAAAAGAAACAGUUAAUGUUGACCUGACAGUUAACUGCCAUGAUUUCUUUCAAUUUUAAACCAAGCAGGUUGACUCUGAUUGGUUAAGGCAUUGCCCAGAGCUAUGACCCAGAAGAUGACUGUCACCUUUUUUGUGUGUUGAAACAGAUGCAAUGUCUGUGCACAUUCUUUAAGAUUACAAAAAAACAGGGCCCGUGUAUUAAUAUAUGUAGCUUUCAGUAAAUGCAAAUGUACCAUAUUGCAAAUCCGACUGAUAGUACCAAAUUAAUUGUCAGCAUAACUCUUUGCACUCUCAGGGUUAUUUAGCAACUGUUUCCCAAUCGCAGAAUCACAUUUAAUGUUGGACAUUGUUAGUUUUGCAAGCACCAAAGGGUUUCAGUGCCAGGAUGAUGCUGAGCUGGGCUGUACAUUCCAAACAAUGGCAGAUUGUAUGAAACAGCAUAUCAUUUCAACUGUUGAUAACAAGCAAGGUACUGACUGUACCCAACUAACCCAUUCAUGCCUAUGGGAUAAAAUAUAGACCUUUAGUAGACCUUUAAUCCUUUGCUGUAUUAUGAUCAAAAUAUUUAUGUAUAGUUUAAAACAUUUUUAUAAUUGAGUUAUACAUUUUCAAGAAUCUAUUUGUGAUAAGAUUGAAAAAUAAUCAGAUAAGCAAAAUUUCAUGAAUGUACUAAUCUGGUACCUUAAUGAAAAUGGGAAUGUGAGGGGAGUUACCAACAAUACACAUAGCCUGCGGAAAGAAAGACGAGAGAGGAAUUUCUGAACAGGAAUGACGUUGAAUUGAAAGUGAACCUGUCUUGUGAUUGUUCCACCAUUUGAUAAUCAAGGUUUUAUACCUGGAAUGUGAAUAAUAUUGUUGGUCAUUUUUGAAGUUGGGUCAUAAGCUUUGUAACAAUAUCAUUUAAAAAUGUUGGCACCAAACAUAAAGCUAAGUGGCAGUCAUAGAUAAUGUCUGAGUACACCAUACUGGUAAAGCACAACAUGAUGAAAGAUAUUGAAAUUGCAGACUAUAAUGGAGCAGAAACUCUUAGGACAUAAAACAGCUAUCUAAAAUUGUUUCAGUCCUGAUUAUUACCUUUAAGGAUGAAGUGAUUUUAUCUUCUCACAUUUGGGCAUUAAUUUGUCAUUUAAAAAAAGCACUUUCAGGUGUUGAAGCUCCAAACUCUUUAUGUACUGCCUGAGGUUAGAGAAGAAAUUCAGAUGUCUGUGCCCCAGGGAACUUCAAGCAAUACUCUUUGGGAUUUAUUGGAAAUAUAUUGUGAAGAUUGGAGAUAUAUUUUGCAGGAGAUUGGAGAGAUACAGUAAACAUUGAUGAACAUGUAAGAGAUAUAUAUUUGUGGGAGAUUGGAGCUGCUUUGAAUUGAAUACAGUGGGAGAUUAGAGCUACACGUUGUAGAAGAUUGAGGAGAAGCACAUUAUGUGAGAUUGGAUAUCGCUCCACUCUCCCAGAAUGUGAUAAAGUUACAGACAUUGAACAUGCAGAGCAAUACAGGCAAUUGGAGACAUGCACUUUGUAGGAAAUUGGACAGUUGUAUAACAUUGGAGAUUGGAGAGAUGCACAUUAUUAAAUAUUGGAAAUGUAAACACUGUAGAAGUUUGGAGAAACAAAGAUUUAUUAGUUUCUUCCUGGAAUGAGAGGGUUGUCCUAUGAUAAGGCCUUGCCCUUACAUUUCAAAGGCAUUACCAUCAUUGAUUUCCCACCAUCAAUAUCAUGAUGGUUACCAUUAACCAGAAACUUAGCUAAACUAGCCAUAUAAAUACUGUAGUUGCAAGAGCAGGUUUCUGCAAUGAGUAACUCACCCCUUGACACCUUAAAGCCUGUACACUAUUUGCAAGACACAAGUCAGGCAUGGGACAGAAUAUUCUCCACUUGACUAGAUUAGAGCAGUUGCAAUUGCACUCAAGAAAACCAAUGACAUUUAGAACAAAGCAGUGCUCCCAAAUCGCGAGCCUAGGUUCUUUAGAAGGGUAUGUCAUCAAACAAAAACAGAACCAUCAGCAUAUUACCAUCCUAGUCAAACACUUUGGAAGUAUAUUCUCUUUCCUUCACUUCACUUUAAUUUGGCUAGAUCAAAAGCCUGGAAUUCCCUUACUAAAAACAGUGACACUGUAAAUAGUUGCUCAAGUAAGUAGGUCCUCUCCACCUUAUCAAAAGCAAUUAGGAUGGACAACAAAUGCUGGCCUUGUUCAUGAUACUGUGAUGACAAGAUUAGAUGAAGUGUUCCAAGUCAGGAUAAUGUACCAUUUGGAAGGAAUGUGUUGCAUCUGCCUGCUGUUAUUCUUCAAGGCAGUAGUGUUUGCAUAUUUGGACAGUGACACUGUUCUGCCGCCAUACUUGGCAUCCCCCUCCACUUUCUUCAUGGGGAUUGGGACAGAAUGUAUGUUGGUGAUCAAUGGACAUACAAAGUUUGCCUGCUUUCAAAUAAAAGCUAUUUUCAUUACUGUCCAAAAACAUGAUGCAUAGGCUUUAGAUAAUUGAGGGAAUGUUGAAAGAUGCCAUACUUAUUUGACGAGGUACAAUGUCCCCUUGGGAAAGGUAAGGUAUCCCUCUUGGAGAAGUCAGAUAGGUCUUUGUGGUGGCUACGAAUAAACAUAAAUAUGCAUUUAAGUUCCCUGGACCUUUAAUGUGUAUUGGAAUAAAAAGAAAUUGUUAUUGUGAAAAAUUAAGUAUUUUACAGAAAUAUUUGUUUUGAUUCAUAACUAGUUCUUGAAUGAAUUUAAAUGUUAGCAAUAAGCUUUUUCAAAACACAAUGAAACCUGCACUGGACUCUUUGAACUGAUUUCAUCUCACAAUGGCUGCACAUAAGCUGGUGUGGAAGGCAUAAAGGCAAAGGGCAUUGGAUGAAGGGUCAGAAGUUUAGCUGUGUUGACACUUAAGUUGGCACAGCAACUAUAAAUGGCCUUGAGCUGGGGGCCUGGAUUGAUGAGGAGGGUACAAAGGGCAAUUGUGAAUGAAUGGAGGACAUAGUUGAAAUGAGGGGCCAUGGUGAAUAUAUAGAGAGAGCAUGAGGUGGAAUCAUUUGGUGUGGAUGAGUGAUGGGAUUUGUAGAGGUGCGGUGUGAGGGUAAAGGGUAGUGGGUUUAGUUUAAUCAUAUUGUUUUCAUUACAACUAGGAUGAAGUUCCAAAAUAUUGAGUCUCUUGACCAGCACCCAUCAGCUUUAGUGGCUGUCUUUGUAGUUUUUCCAAACUGUUUCUGGGGUUUGCAGACUCACCUCCUGUUUGCAUUCGCUCCUCUGGAAUGAAAAUGUAAUAGUUUGCAACAUGUUCUCUGGUGUCAGGUUUGCAGAGUCGUGAAUUUUGAAGCUAAGAAUUUAGUCUAUAGGAUGCAAAAAAGAGGAAGUCCUGAUUUUGUUCUCAUUUUUAAUUAACAUGUUCAAAUAUGUUAUGACACAUCUCCUGACUAAGUGGGAUUCGGGUCUAGAACUUCCAGCACAGAGGUAGCAGUGCACCACAGAAGCCUUGAUCCUGAUUUUGUUCACCAAAGUGCUCCAUUUAGACGUCUAAUCAAGUACUGUGCCAAUCAAAUUAAUCAAUACUGUAAAUAGCAAUGGGCUAGCUGCAGAACAUUAGUAUUUCUCUUAAUUGUCUUGCUUUCAUUUACAUGAUUACUGAUUGUUUGAAAUAAAUAUAAAAGUAUCAGGUAGUUUUGUUUGUUUAAAGUAUUUACCAAACAAUUACUUUCAUAAUGUUUGAAUAUUAAUGUAUAUUUGUUUAGCAGUCUGUGGAAAAGUAUUUAAUAGAAAUAACAGGUAAUCCAGGAACCAAUCAACUAUUUAGAAUAAUUAAGAAUCUGAAUUAGUUGCAGUUUACGCAAAGUGGCUGCUAAGUCGGUCUCAAGCAGAGCUACAUUCAGUUGCUACUUGCUGAGCAUUCAAGAUGAGGAGACAAUAGAAAAUAGGAACAGAAGUAGACCAUUCUCUGGGGUUCUCCUCAUUUCAGUCCUGAAUAGCCUACCUCAUAUCUUCAGAUUAUGACCCCUGUUUCUUGUCACCUCGGUGAUCAGGAACAUCCUCUUGCAUUUAUUCUGUCUUGUCCUGUUAGAGCUUUAUCAUUUUUUAGAAAUAUUCCCCUCCACCUUCUAAACUCCAGUGAAUAUAGUCCUAAUCAAUCUAAUUUCUCUUCAUAUGUCAGUCCUGACAUAGGAAUUAGUCUGGGAAACUUUCAUUGCACUGCGUUCAUAGCUAGAACAUCCUUCCUCAGAUAAGAGCAAAAUUGCACAUUGUACUUCAGGUGUGGCCUCACCAAGGCCCUGUAGAAUUGCAGCAAGAUAUCCUUGCUGUUGUACUCUAAUCAUUUCACUACUUUCAAUGACUGGUAUAGAAAGCACCUCAGUCUCCCUGUAUCUCCCUGUUUCCAACUCAAUUGCCAUUCAGAUAAAAAUCUGCCUUCCGGUUAUUGCUACAAAAUGCAUAACUUCAUAUUUAUCCACAUUAUAGUUUAUCAGCCAUGCAUUUGCCCACUCACUCAAUUUGUCCAAAUCAUACUGAAGCAACUGUGCAUUCUCCUCACAAUUCACCUUCCCCCACUCAGCCUUCUGGCGUAUGGAAAGUUGGAGAUAUCACAUUUAGUUCCCUCAUCUAAAUAAUUAAUAUCUGUUGUGAAUAGCUGGGGUCCAAACUCUAAUCCCUGCAGUUCCCCACUAGGUAGUGCCUGUCUUUUAGCAAAAGACUUGUUUAUUCCUACGCUGCUUCCUUUCUGCCAUCUAUUUUUCUGUCUAUAUCAGUACAUUACUUCUAAUCCCAUGGGUUUUAAUUUUACAUGCCAGUCUAUUAUAUGGGGCCUUAUCAAAAGCUUUGUGAAAAUUCAAGUAACCCACAUCAAAUGACUACCUCUUAUUAAUUAAAUUCCAGUAAAUUUGUCAAGCAUGAUUCCCUUUUGUAAAUCCAUCUUGAUUUGUCCAAUCCUUUUCCAAGUCUUUAUAAUUGACUCCAGCAUUUUCUUCCCUACCGAUAUUAGGCUAACCAGCCUAUAAUUCCAUUUUCUCUCUAGUUCCUGUUUUUAAAUAGCAGGGUUACAUUAUCAACUCUCUAAUCCACAGGAACUGCUCCAGUAUGUAUAGAAUCAUGAGAGAUGACCAUCAAUUCAUCCACAAUAUCUAGGCCACCUCCUUAAGAAUUCUGGGAUAUAGAUUAUUGGGCCCUGGAGAUUUAUCAGCCUUUAUUGUCACUAUUUUCCCAAUACCAUCUCUCUAUUACUAUGAAGGUUAACAUAUCAUUUAUAUUGAUUUCCUUCAGUUUUUCCCUCUAACUAGACCCUGAGUUCUCCAUCAAUUUUGGGAUUUUAUUUCUGGUCUGUUUAAGAAGACAGAACCACGAUAUGUAUUUAAUUGGUCUGCCAUCUCCAUGUUCCCCAUUAUACCUUCCCUUGUUUCUGAAUGUAAAGGAUCUACAUUUUUCUGGAUUAAUCUUUUCCUCUCCACAUACCCACAGAAGCUUUUAUAAUCAGUUUGUACAUUCUCUGCAAGCUUAUUGUCAUACUUGACUUGCCCCUUUAAUCAAUCCUUUGUCUUAACUUGCUAAAAUCUAAACUGCUCCCAAUCCUCAGGUCUGCUGUUUUCUUUUGUCCAAUUUAUCUAGAUGUUGGUGUGCAGGGGACAAUUUCAGAAUUUGACAAUAAUACAAAACUUGGAAGAAUUGUAAACUAUGAGAAGGACAAUGAGGAACUUCAAAAGGACAUUGACAAGUUGGUGGAAUGGCAGAUCAGUGGCAAAUUAAGUUCAAUGCAGAGAAUGUGAGGAAAUGCAUUUUGGUUAAAAAAAACAUGGACAGCCAAUAUUAAAUAAUAAGAUGUAAGGUGUACAGGAGCUGUGGGACCUGAAUGUAUAUAUGCAAAGAUCACUGAAAAGUGGCAGGGCAGGUGAGGAGAACAGUUAAUAGAGCAUGCAUUUUCAUGAGCUUUAUUAAUAGGUUGACAGAGUUCCAGACAAAGAAGUUAUGCUGCACUUGUGUAAGACACUUUAUACCUCUGCUGGAGUAUUGUGUCUGGUUCUGAGUCCCAUACUUUUAGAAGAAUGUGACUGCUUGAAGACAUUUUACAAACAUGGUUCCAUGAAAAACAUCAGUUAUGAGGAUAGCUUGGAAAGGUUCAGACUCUUUUACUUGGAGAAAAGAAGGCUAAGAGGAGAUCUGAUUUAAGUCUGCAAAACUGUGAGAGGUUUGGAAAGAGUGGAUAGGGAAACACUUUUUCUGAUUGUAAAAGGAUCAGGAACAAGAGGGCACAGAUGUGCAGACCUAGCAAAUGUGAUGUAUAAGAAAGGUUUUUUCCUGCAGUGAGUGGUGUGCUUCUGGAACACACGACCUGGAAAUGUGGUGGAGGUAGGUUCAAUUAAGAUUCAAGAAUGAUUGUUUUGAUUCAAAGAAUGUACGAGGAAAGAGGAAAAGACAGACAAAUAGUACUAAGUCAUAAUAUACAAUGGAGAUCAGAUGCAGACACGAUGGGUUGAAUGGCCUUCUUCUGCAGUGUAACUCUGUGAAUUCAGCAGCCAGCAAUUGAAAGAAUAAUGUAUGAAUAUUACUCAUGCAAUUAAAUCUCAUCCAAUAAUAAGUGCAAUUUAAAGGUAUACCGUCAGCUAGGUUAAAUAUUCCAACAAUCUGUUCACUUGGUAAUGCUUGAGCUCUCAGCUUGGAUUCAAUGGAACUAUCCAAAAAUAUUUGUAAAGUGAACUGUUGACAAAAAAAGUGUCAUCACAGAUUGCCAUGUAUGAAUUAUAAUUAUAUAUGGAUUAUAAAUGUUCAGGUAAGCUAUGGCAUGCCUAGCCUUUUAUGGACCUGACAAUAUGCUAUGGUGAUUUCAGAUUGAGAUUCCAUUCCAAUGGUCUAGUUCCUCUGUUGGAUUUCCCCAGUCAGUUAAGAACUAAUCUAAUAAUGAUAGGAAGGUCAGGAAUUAACAAUGAAUGACAGUAAUGUUGAAUUGCAACAGUUAGUGAUUAUUGGUAGAAACAAGAAAAGGUCUGAGUUCGACUAGACUGGUCUUAAAAAAAACUUGCUUGUACUAACGCUUUUGUUUAUAUAGACUAAACAGAUACAAUGCUCAGUGGUGAAGCACAAUUUGCUUUAUUGCAAAUCGCAUGGAUGUAAGUUCAUGUGAGUGAAUUCCUCAUGUAUAAAAUUCCUCAGCUCAGCACAGCCCCAGGGCAAAUUAACUAGACGGCAUAGCACUUACCCUGUGGGAGGAAAAAAUGAAUCACCUCCAAAUCUCAGUCUCUCCCUCAACAGAGAUAACAAGGUGUAGAACUCUCCCUCAACAGCUUGUCUUCCAGACUCAGUCAUCGGAUAAUGGUGCACAAUGUUGGGGAAGAGUCAACACAAGGGGAAAACACAAACCAUGUCGAAAAACAGCAAUAUUUACUGGACUGUUAAUUGUUUUUGUCCUUUAUUAACCAGGGCAAGGUUCACCUAUCUACUAAAAGUACUAAAAAUAAGCUAUGCAUGUACAUAUGUACGUAAUCAUUAAAUACAUAUGGUGCUGAUGUAUGUAUCUGUCACUGUCAAAUCAAUGUGAAUUUUGCUCAGGCUCACGUAUAGAA